AUGGCACCAAUUCUUCCUGAAAAUGAAGGAUAUUUAUCAUAUUGGAUAUUAUUAGUAUCAACCUUUGCAAUAUUCAAUUCUUUACAAAAUUUUUUAACAUUAUCACUUACAAAACGAAUAUACAUUACCAAGUUAUCAUCACAUACCUUUGCUGCAUGGACACUUACUUCAGCCAUUGUACGCCUAUAUGCUGCCUAUAACAUAAAUGAUGAAAUUCUUUAUCAGAUUACAUUGUGGACAUUUGUUAUUGCAUUUUUUCAUUUUUUUUCAGAGUUGACAUUAUUUAGAAGUGCUAAUAUUGGAGCUGGAUGGUUGUCACCUUUCAUUGUUUCGUGUAAGUAA